GUUUGUUUCCCGUCUUGUCAGCUUUCACAUUUGAAGGAUUUCUGCCACUGACACGUUUUUUUCUCAAGCUCUUCGUGUCUGUGUUCGGACGCGACUCCGCCCACACAACUCAGGUCUUCCGCUGCGGGCAUGUUCGCGGUUGUUUUCUCGGCGUUUUCCGCCUCGAUGAAAAACGACUUUGCUAAAUUCGUCCGCCGCUUUUUCGCCUUCAGGUGACAGUGUUUCCCUCGAGAAAUUAGCCCCGUUCUCAGAGCCAUCGCCUCGAACCCCUAGAAGACGCCCGCGUCUCCCCCCAUCUAUAGACUCCAUCGAUUUCGCGAGGGGGCGGCUUCUGCUCGGCGGGAUCAGUUUCUUGUCCUUUAAUUUUUUCUGACAACCACUCAACUCCACAUUUUCUUUCCCCCGUUGCAGCUGGCCUGUUUGUUACCUCAAAGAAACACCUUGUCAGCUGUUUGCUCUUCGCGAGUUUCCUGUGUCUUCCGCAGCCGCAGACACUCCGUGGUCGAUUUUCCACGGUUCCUUCCCUCUUCGCGCCUCUGGGACGUGUAGUAAAUCCCCCAAACUCUUCCUGCUUUCCUCUUAUACCUGCCCACACGUUGUUGGAUGAACGCCGCCUCCCGAGCCGCUUCCUGCCCGCGCCUCGACGCCGAGUUCCCGGUUCCGUGCAGUUUGAACUCUCCCCAGUUGUUUUGCGGACACAACAUUUUCAAGAUGGCGACAGGCGUCGACUCGCUCGAAUUCGUGGGGAACCACAGCCCCGCAGGAGGGAAGACCAAGUAUAUCGUUGUGACCGGAGGAACGAUGAGUGGACUCGGCAAAGGCACGACGAUCAGCAGCUUAGGUGUGACCUUGAAGGCGCUCGGCGUCCAUGUGACGGCGAUAAAGAUCGAUCCUUACCUGAACGUGGAUGCCGGCACAAUGUCCCCGUACGAGCACGGCGAGGUGUACGUCCUGGAGGACGGAGGCGAAGUGGACUUGGAUCUGGGCAACUACGAACGCUUUCUCGACAUCACGCUCACGCGCGACCACAACUUGACUUCUGGAAAAGUCUACCAGAAGGUGAUUCAGGAGGAACGGAAAGGCUCCUACCUCGGCAAAACCGUCCAGGUGGUUCCGCAGGUGACGGACGCCAUUCAAGCGUGGAUCGCUCGCGUCGCUGAACAGCCGGUCGAUGGGCACUACGAGGCGCCCCAGGUUUGUCUGAUCGAAGUUGGCGGAACGGUCGGCGACAUUGAGAGCGCUGUGUACUUGGAGGCUCUUCAGCAGUUCUCUCGACGCGUCGGAAGAGAGAAUUUGUGUCUCUGCCAUGUCUCCUACGUCCCCUGCAUCGGCGGAGAGCAGAAAACGAAACCCACUCAACACGGAGUCAAGGAACUCCGCAUGGCUGGCCUCUCGCCCGAUAUGAUCUUCUGCCGGUGCGAGACGAUGCUCUCCGAGGCCGCGCGCGGCAAAAUCGCUCUGUUCACUCAAGUCCUCCCAGAGCACGUCAUCAGCGUCCACGACGUUGUCAACACUUACCGUGUGCCUCUCGUGCUUGACAGCCAAAACGUCGCGCAUUCCAUCUGCAAGCGCCUGCGCCUGGAUGUGGCGACGCCGGCGUCUCCAGCGUCCCGACCGGGGGCGCCGCUUUACAAGACUCCGAUCUCGAUGAAGAAAUGGCGGCUGAUGGCGGAUCGCUUGACGUCGCCAGCUGAGAGCGUGAAGAUCGGCAUCGUGGGCAAGUACACGGGGCUGGCGGACUCGUACCUCUCCGUCGUGAAGGCUCUGCAGCACGGUGCGAUGGAGGCGAAUGUUCGCCUCGAGCUCGUCUGGAUUGAGUCGUCGGACCUGGAGGAACCGCCCAGAGAGAGUGCAGCGUCGAACGGCGACUCGGCGACGCCUGCGCGCUUCGCGGCGGCAUGGGAGGCGCUGCGCUCGGUGGCGGGGGUGGUAUGUCCUGGCGGCUUCGGGGACCGGGGGAUCCUCGGCAAGGCGCUCUCUUCUCGCUUCUGCCGCGAAAACAAGGUGCCGUACCUCGGGAUCUGCCUGGGCAUGCAGACGGCGGUCAUCGACUUUGCGCGGAGCGUCCUGAACUUGGCCGACGCAAACUCCGAGGAGUUCGACAAAACCUGCAAACAUCACGUCGUGGUGUCGAUGCCGGAGCACAGCGCAGAGCACGGACAGGAACUGGGCGGCACGAUGCGCCUGGGGAAGCGCGCGACAAUUCUCAGGGACUCGAAGUCUCUCGCGGCGCGACUCUACGACGGGAAGCCUGUCAUCGACGAACGCCACCGACACCGGUAUGAGGUGAAUCCGAGUGUGGUGGGGAGUAUGGAGGCCAAGGGAUUCAUGUUCGUCGGCCAGGACGAACGCGGGCAACGCAUGGAAGUUGCGGAGCUGCGAGACCAUCCCUUCUUCCUCUGCGUCCAGUACCACCCCGAGUUCCAGUCCCGGCCUCUCAAGCCUUCGCCGCCGUUCCUCGGCCUCGUUCUCGCAGCUGCAGGGAAGCUGGAGGCGCGAUUCAAGCGCUACGGAGGCUUCCUUAAAAGCGGCGCCGUCUACGAAGAGGUGGAAAGUGCCUAGAGCGCGUUCGAAAAAAGCGGCGGAUCGAGAGCCGCCGGAGACCGGGGACUCCCGGACUUUGGCCAGCUGCAGUUUGCUCUUCUGCGUCCGCGUUUUCAGUGUGGUAUCGACACGGCGCAGGGAAAACGCAGAGAGAGCGAGGUCGCAACGACGCGAAAGAUGGACAGGCCGCAGAGAGACGCCCCCCUCUCCCCCGCCUACAGAGAGUUGGCCUUUCCCUCCCCCCGGUGGCCGGGCGCGGCAUGUGUAGGCAGCGCUCGGAAGGAGCGACGAGAGACAGUUCACAGUGCUCCUGGUGGAGAUGGACCCGGAAGGCAAAAGAAAGAGAGAGAGAGAGAAAGAAAGAGAGAAAGAGAGAAGAAAGAAAGAGAGAAGAAAGAGGGAGAGAGAGUGGGGCGAAGAGAAAACUUCAUGUGGGCGGGCGCUUUGACCCGUGGGCCUUGUGUCAGGCAGGCAAUGCGCGAGAGCGGGAGGGAACAGACGAAACGUGGAGCUCAUCCUCCAUUUGCCUCUUUGGCUUCUUGACGACUCGAACAAAGCUUCCUCAACAUUUCCCCAAUGCUGUUCUUGUCCGACAGAACCGAGAAUGCGCUCAACAACGAAGUCUCACAGGAACGGGCUACUCCCGAAAAACUCAAACCAUGCACUUAUGUAUGCAUGCAUAGGUAGA